AUGAAUGGCUCGUCGGCAACGGGCAGCACCGGAACAACGAAAGACGAGAGCACCGCAGCGUCGGCGGCGGCGGCGGCGGCGGCGGCCACCGUUGAAACGGUGACGCUAAUCAGUGACGAUUCGGAUUGUGAACUCACACCGGAGGUCAGCACAAAGAGGCGUGCCAUAUCCGAAUCGGAUGAAGGGCGUCGUACGAGCCGGCGCAAGAAGACGAAAGUCGAGUACGGUGACAAUGGUGCGAAAGUGGCCCGUCCUGGCAGUGCUUGCGAAGGAGAACCGCAGACACCGGGAACCGCUCCGAAGGCGGAUCCGCUGAAGCAUGAUGGUUCGCAAGGACCUCAAACCACUCCCACACAGCCACAGCCGAAAGUGAAGCGCCGCGAAACGGAUGAAAAACCUUCGACCGAACCGGACGCCAACCCGUACAAGGAGCUCAUGACAGGGCUCGAGGGUGCCGCCUUUCAAUCGCGGCUCCCGGUGGACAAGAUGACUGCAUCGGAGGCCGUUUGCUUUCCGGAAAUUACCAAACACGGGCUGCUGACGCAGCGCGUCUUUCUCAAUGUUCGCAAUCGCAUCCUGCAGAUGUGGAUAGAGGAACCGACGGUGCAGCUGACGGUGGAAAAUGCGUUGCUUAAGAUGGAACCACCGUUCAACAGUGACCCGGCGCUGGUACGGAAGGUGCACGCGUUUCUCGAGCGUCACGGCUUCAUCAACUUCGGUAUCUUCAAGCGGCUAAAACCGCUUCCGACCAAGAAGCUGGCCAAGGUGAUCGUGAUCGGGGCAGGAAUUUCGGGACUGUCGGCCGCUCAGCAACUGCAGCAGUUUGGGUUCGACGUCAUUGUGCUGGAGGCCCGUGAUCGUGUCGGGGGGCGCAUUGCCACGUUCCGUAAGAACGCGUAUACCGCCGAUCUGGGCGCAAUGGUGGUGACCGGCAUCUGGGGCAAUCCGAUAACGAUCCUCAGCAAGCAGACGGGCAUGGAGAUGUGCCCGAUCAAGAGCACCUGCCCGCUGUACGGUUCAGGUGGCAAACCGGUUCCGAAGCACAAGGACGACAUGGUAGAGCGCGAGUUCAACCGGCUGCUCGAGGCCACGAGCUAUUUGUCGCAUCAGCUCGACUUCAAUUACGCCGGAAAUCAUCCAGUUUCGCUCGGGCAAGCGCUCGAGUGGGUUAUCAAGCUGCAGGAAAAGCACGUGAAGGAGAAGCAGGUAGAGCAUAUCUCGAGCAUCAUUGCCUGGCAACAGAAAUUGAUUGAGAAUGAAACACAGCUCGAGGAGACACUCCACCGAAUACGGAGCUUAAAGACGAAAACGCAGGAACUCACCGACAGCAGGCCGCCAAAAAGCAUACCAGCGACCCCGUUACCAAGCAGUGGCGGAUCGCAAGCAGCAGCCGCCGGGCAGGAAGCCGGCGCCGGAGUGGAUGCGGCCGCAACGAAAUACCUGGAGCACGAGUUUCAGCUGCGCAUGACCGUCCGCGAAGAGCAGCUUGCGUGGAAGGAGGUUGAACGGUUGCGCACGAACCAGACCGAAAUCGAGGCCAAGAUAAAGGAACUAGAGAACGAGCAGGUGUCGGAGGUAUACCUGUCGUCGAAGGAUCGGCAAAUUCUCGACUGGCACUUUGCCAACCUGGAGUUUGCGAACGCCACGCCACUGAACAAUCUGUCGCUGAAGCACUGGGAUCAGGACGAUGACUUUGAGUUCAUCGGAAGUCACACCACCGUCAAGAACGGAUACUCGUGCGUCCCGAUCGCACUGACCGAGAAUCUGGAUUUGCGGUUAAAUACGGCAGUUACCAGCAUCCGCUACCGACCCGGUGGGGUCGAGGUUACGGCCGAUCUUAAGUCGAACAGUUCGUCCGUCUGCUACAAGGCCGACUUGGUCCUGUGCACACUGACGCUCGGCGUGCUGAAGAUUGCGAUCGCCGAAGAGUCGCGACAGCUCAACACGGUCCGCUUCGAUCCGCCCCUGCCUGAGUGGAAACAGUCCGCCAUCCGGCGGCUCGGUUUCGGGAACCUCAACAAGGUGGUCCUGUGCUUCGACCGUAUCUUCUGGGAUCCGAACACGAAUCUCUUCGGGCACGUCGGUAGUACCACGGCCAGCCGCGGGGAGCUGUUCCUGUUUUGGAACAUCUCCCAAUCGCCCGUCCUGCUCGCUCUAGUCGCUGGCCAGUCGGCCGCCAUCAUGGAGAACGUCUCGGACGAUGUAAUCGUAGGUCGGUGCAUAGCGGUGCUGAAGGGUAUCUUUGGCAAUUCGGCCGUCCCGCAGCCGAAGGAAACGGUUGUUACGCGCUGGCGAGCUGACCCGUGGUCCCGCGGAUCGUACAGCUUCGUAUCGAUCGGCUCGUCCGGUAGCGAUUACGACCUUCUGGCGGCACCGGUGACACCGAAAGCACCCGAUGCUGACAAGAGUACUACUACGAGCACCAGCACGACUGCCAGUCAGUCGCAGCAGCAACAGCAAACGCAGCCGCAACAGCAGUCACAGCAACAGCAGCCCCAAGACAACGGUAGUGGCCAGCGCCGGAGAACGACCGGCGUGGCUGAAGAGGAAGACGACGGCGAUGGCGAUGAUGACAGCAAACCGAUCGACAUUCCACGACUAUUCUUUGCCGGCGAACACACGAUCCGCAACUAUCCGGCCACGGUCCACGGUGCUCUGCUGAGUGGGUUGCGCGAAGCGGGACGCAUCGCCGACUACUUUCUCGGGUUCCCCAACACCUAUCCCGAGUCGCCGAAGGAGGAACCGAAAAAGUAACUCCGACACUGCGUCCACCAUAAACCAUUCACGUACACCAAAUAUCCGUUUGCACCGUGAUUUUUAUGAGUGAGUGUGUCCGUUGUCUAGCACUCCACUGAAGUACCAGCAGCAGCAGCAGCAGCAGCAGUAGCAAGCACGUCCACCAUUUGUCGUAAUUCCACUCCGAUUUCCACGAGAGUU